AUGGGAGACAAUAUUGUUCAAGAUACAAGAAAAAAUAUUUCAAAAAUAGAAAGUUUUCAAUGCAAGGGUGGAUACUUUCAAUGUAACAAUAAAGAGUGUCUCGWAAAAAGAAAGCGGUGUGAUGGUGAUCCGGAUUGCGUCGAUGAAUCGGAUGAAAUGGGAUGUGUCUGUCAGAGUAACAAAUUCCAGUGCUCUAGCAAAGAAUGUAUUGUCGCUGAGGAUUUAUGCGAUCGAAAAGGAAACUGCAAAGAUGGAUUUGAUGAAAAAAACUGUGACCAAUCAUGCAAUGGAAAGUUCCAAUGUGUUAGUGGAAGCUGCAUUGAUUGGUCAAAUACUUGUAAAAAUGAAAGCUUCUGCCCUGACUUUACCGACAGUCCAUCUAUAUGUGGAGAUUGUCCUUUAAAUGAUGUGAGAUGUGCUCUCAAUGAAAGUGAAGCUGCUAGAGAAAAGGAUUGCCGAGACUAUUCAUUAUGCUCAUUUCAACAUGGAUUUUGUGGCUUAGAGCAAAGCAAGGAAUUAGAACUAAACUGGGUAAUAAACUAUGGAAAAACAAGCUCCGAUGGAACUGGACCAGACUUCGAU